AUGGCCCACUUCAACAGUACGUGGAUAUUUGACCUGGGAGACUAUUUUUCUCAGUCUUUUAGACAAUACUUGUCAAAUGGACACUUUUGGGGGCCAGUUGCCAACUGGGGACUUCCUAUUGCUGCUUUUAAUGAUAUGAAGAAAUCGCCAGAAAUCGUUAGUGGCCGAAUGACAUUUGCACUGUGUUUGUACUCUUUGGCUUUCAUGAGAUUUGCCUACAAAGUGCAGCCAAGGAACUGGCUUCUUUUUGCAUGCCACUUCACUAACGAAGUUGCACAGCUUACUCAAGGAGGACGACUGAUCAAAUACAGGCUUGAGAAAAAGAACUAAAUGUCUACUUUGAAGUAAGCCAUGGAAUGUGUUUAUCCUGAAUUACAACCAAGGAAGAUCUGCCAUCUACAGUUGCUCUGACAAUUACAAUGGGGUUAAAACAAACACCUAUUAUGAAUGACCUCACCAAGAAUCCUUCUACUAAUUUUUUUUUUAUCUUGCCUUU